CCCUCGAAGAAGCAACAAGUUGGGCGCACGCAAACGGCACUCGCGACGAUCAUUGUGUUGGUUGGAAUAGACGACAUAUAUUAUUUUUUUUUGCAUUUUUUUUCUCAAGUUUUUUUUCUUAAACAUUUCUGCGGAUGACGAAGAGCCGCAUUAAUAUGUGUUUUAGUGCGUGCGAUCGUGAAAAGAAAAGAAGAGAGGCGAAAUAGUGCGGAGUGACCUAAGCGGUUUAUGUUAUUGAGAAAAUCGAUUGCCGAAACGAAAACGAAACUGUUAUAGCACAAAUAAACAAAAUACCAAAAUAAUAAGAGAAAAGUUUAGCUUAAGUGAAGGCAACGAGUGAAGACAAAGUGCAGAAAACCAAAAUGAAUUGGGAAUGGAUUACACUGGUCCUAGUCGGCAUCAUUGCUUCGUUUUCUGGCCAAGAUGCAUUAACCUAUCCGGAGCGCACCGAUCGUCUGCCCAUCUGGGGUGGCUAUUCCCAAAUUGGUGGGGCGCCGCUGGUGGAUGCCGCCCACCGGGAGAAUCGAGACAGCAGAGAGAACAGGGUGGACCUGUGCCAACACUGUUUCUGCACCAAUCUUAAGGCCAUCUGCGACUACCAGCUGAACAAAACGCUCCCAAACGAAUUUAACGACAAAUUAUUGGUGCCACUGAACAUCAAGUACAUUGAGGUGCGACUGACUGCUGGCACCCAGUUCGUGAUGUACGAGAACUUCUUCCAGGACAACCAGGUGAACUACUUUGGCGUGAUCGGAGUGGGGAAAGAUGACCAGGUGGAAAUAACCAGCAAUGCAUUUAGCCACAACAAAGGUGGCUAUCCCAGCAUCGAAAUACGAAAUGUAUUGCGCGUUUUUUUGCGCGAAAAGUUCCUGACAGGUGCGGAAUACAAGCUGCUGGUGGAGGAUGUUGCACAGCUGACCGUAUUCUCCAAUGCCCUGCAGAUGACCAAUCUGGACUGCUCCCUCAAGCGGAUCAAGCAGCUGAAUAUGAUGAAGAACGCUUUCAAUCCCGGCGUUGCCAAGUAUGGAAUAAAUCUCCGCGUCGAGGAUUCGUACAUCAAUCAGCUGGGUAUCUUCGGCGUGUCCAUGGGCAAGGUGAGCCUACUGCGCUGCCACAUCGACAUGAUCAUGAGCAACGCCUUCGAUGUCACCAGCAUCAAGGAGCUGAUCAUCGAGGGCUGCAAAAUCUCGGUGAUCGAGACGCAGGCGCUAACCAACAAAUUGCACAGCGACAAAGUGGCCAUUCUGGACACGGUGAUCGGUACGAUUGAGGGCCAGGCAAUCAGCCAGAGUGGUAUUACCACCAUGAUUAUGUUUGGAAAUACAAUCACAAGAAUACGUUCGAAUGCCAUUCAAAUAGCCGCCGUUAGUCUGUUCAUACGCAACAAUUCAAUGAGCCACGUGGAGCCCAAUUGGUUGAGUGUCAGCCAGGCCGAUCAAGUGGAGAUUGCCAAUAAUCGCUUCCAGGACUAUGGACGCUGUGAGCUGAACAUUGCCUCCUCGAACUGCAGUUUCCGCAACAAUGUACUGCAGAAUCCGCAAUCGGGCAGCCUCAAUUUCACCUGUCGCGUCCACCAGGUGCGCGUGGGCAACGAGUGCACGUGCAACAAGUCCUGGCUAUCGGAGCUAACCGAUCACGAUCUGGAAUCGGAGAUCAUGUGCCAGGUGGCUGAGCGCGAUGGUGACUGCUUCAAUGCCACCAAUACGAAUGUCCGCCGGUAUGUCAACGAGGCGUGUGGCAGCAAUGUGACCCGUUACUGUAUGGCUGGCCAGUGGCUGUCCAAGGCGGACAGUGAUCAGUUCAGCGACUCCAAAUUGACCAUCACAAUGAUAGCCUCUGCGAUUGCGAUUUCCACCCUGUUGCUUAUUACCAUUGUCUGGGUGGGUGCCAAGAUUUGGCGCAGUGGAUGUGGCACCGCUGGCGGUGGCAGGGCCACUGAUAAAUGCCUCAUCGAGGACGACAUUCGCGAACAACUGUACCGACAGGCAAUGGAACUGAGCGAGGGCAGUGCGGCGCGCAAGGGUAUACUGAAGCUGAUCAACGGUCAUCUGGGCAAGAAUGAGUGCCACGAACGGAUCUUCUUUGUCCUGGAGAAUAUGCCGCAAAAGUCGCAGCUGAUCGAACACCUGCUGCUUAAGCACAUAUCGCAGAGUCACCCGGCGACUCCUAGUGACACCAGUGACUCGAUGGGUGAGGCAUAUGCCAUGAACGGUUACAUUCCGAGUGUCAGGGACAGUGCCAUAGCCCAACAACCGCCACAACCCAGCGCGCCCAGUCCCAAUCCCAGUGAGGGCCGAUUCGAUGAUGAGCCCAUCUACCAGGAGCCGGAUCAGCCGCUCAUCUGCGGCGAAUACUCAUUGCCGCCGCAUUCCGCCGAGGAUCCGUACUCGGAGCCGUUCAAUGCGACGAAUACGAACGACAUGCCACCGGCAUAUCAAUAUGCCACGCCCAUGCGCAUCCUGACACGCCCACGGACACAGCAGCAGCCAUCGACGAUGGUCAGCUAUGCCACGCCCGUUUGGCGGUCCACUCCAAGUGCCACGCCCACCAGCCGCCCGCCCUCGGGAUCACAGGGCUCGGCCAGCGCCACAUCGCCAAGAGCUGUCAAGGAUCUGAGGCAGGCUCUACAGAACUCGCCACAGUUCCAUCCCAACCAGCUGACCUCAACGCGCAACCAAAGACAAAUCCUGCAGAUCCUGCCGCCGCUCCAGCCGCCGCCCUACAGCCAGAGGUCACUGGGUCACAAGGGUCAGCCGCGGAGGCGCAGCUUCGAGUGCCUCGAUGGCGCUGCCAGCCUGGCGGCCAUGGAGCACAUGGACUCCGGCUCGGAUCACUCCGGCGGCAGCGAUGUUACCGUCCAAAUCGCCGAUGUGAUCGACUACGCGGAUGCCUAAAAGUAUGCAGACUUCCCAAAUAUAUAUAGUAUUUUAUAUAUAUAACUACAAAUCUGCCACAACUGUCACAUCUGCCACCCACAAAGAAGAGUAAAGGAUGAGAUAAUGAUGAGAGGAAAAACAAAAAAUACCGAAAACACUAUGUGAUAAUCUCUGGAUAUGCGAUGUACUGAGGAGCGUUACGCAUAUGUUGAUAUAGCUUUACAGCUAGGGAGAACCGAUCGAGGAGAUAUAUGUACCAUAAGCUAGAUUAAGUGAAUUAAAUUUAAAUAAAAAGCCCGACCGACAA